AAGGGCCACUGUGCACCUGGGCUGCAUGGGCCAGAGUUGGGGGGCUGAGUCUUCCCUGGCCCCUUGGAAGGGGCCUCCAGAUGCCCAGGCUCACUUCAGUGCUGAGUUCUUCAUCGAGGAUGCCCACUGAGGCAGCCAGGCCCCUCACCAGCCCUGGGGCGAAUCCUAAACAGAGAGAGAAAAGGGUAUCUGCCCUUCUUGCCAGGCAGCUCCACGCUCCCGUUGACUGCCCACACCCUGCAGAGUGGCAGGGGUGAGAGGAAGAAGGAAGUGGCUGAGUUAUUAAUAGCCAGAGCCACUGGGAGACUGGGGAGCCUGGCUGUAGCCCCCUUUGCACCUGGGUUUGGCAUCAGCACAGACUAUGGGAGGGGCUGGCUCCCUCCCCCUCAGAUCGUCACUUCCUAUACCUAGAGGCCAUUCUGGAUGCUGCCAUGUUGGGAAGUACAGGCUCUGCCCAUUACCUGCACACAGGCACCAGAGCGGGGACUGAGAAACUCCAAGGAUGGGUCAUCUAAGUGCUGGCCAUAUGAACCUUGGACUUUCUGUCCUUAGAUCCUCACAUUUUAUCCCUGUCUUUCUGGGGCACAUUUCAAACUGAGAAAGCUACAGCAUAGUGAAGACCCAAGGAAGGCCUAUGAAAUGGUCCUGAUGCCCAACCUCCCACCCCUUCAAUGUGGGGACGCGACCCCUUCAUCUCAGAGUAAUGGGAAGAACCUCCCACAUCUCCCUGGCAGCAGAUGAGGUGGCUUCACAUGCUCUUCCCUGUCUGGACUUCAGCCCGUAUUCCGAGGAGUAGAGAGGCAGAAGAGAUGUCAGCAAAGCAAGUGACGAAGCAGAGUGGAUGUCCACUGCCACCAAGCUGGAGGGCAAGCUGCGGCCCACAAAACAGAGCCAGUCAAGGGUGGCUUUCCUGGUUUCAGAUGUGCUCACACCAUCACCAUUUUCUCAGCCUCUUCUCGCUGCCUCCAGAGAGGUGGGUGCCUGGGCUGACAGACACCGCUGCUAUGUGAUAGAGGUUGAGAGACAGAAGCCAACAAAGGAGGCCAUUCAUCAACAAAUAUAUUUAUCGGAGACCGACUAUGUGCAAAGCAGCGCUAAUACAGGGUUCCCCAAGGAGCUUCCCUGAGCUUUUACCUCACCUCCCUCCAUUUACAUUAGGGCCUCCUCCCAGGGUGUGCUCGGUGGCAGUGUGGGACUGGGGGCAUGGGAGUUGGUGAGAGCAGGAGGAGAGGUGGGGACAGCAAGCAGCCACAGAUUGGCAUGAAGGAUCCUGACCUCACUAUCCAUGCCAUCCAUGGCCCCCAGACUGACUCUGCACCUGGCCCUUUGCCAGACAGCUCUGUCUCACCGUGACCUCUGGAACAACUGGGCAUGGGUCAUGGCCAUACAUGACCCUUAAGUGCCACUAUUCUUGGAAGACCCCCUCCAGAAGCAUACUAGAAGCCACCUCUGGAAAGGCCUCAUAUGGUGAUAUGCCAAAACAUUCAUGUCAGUGUCCAAACAAUAUCCAAUGCCAUGAGACUGACGUCUUUGUGGAAACCACUGUUACAGACAGGCUUAUUUCCAAAGCCACCUCAUUUCCAAACAUCUCACUCAGGAAGGGAGGCUCAAUAUAACCUCAGGGGCCAGUUUUAGCAUUUGAAAUGGUUCUGCUUGGAAAAUGAUUCCCUGCAACUAACCCUGGUCUUUCCCACAGCAAUCUAACCAAAUUUGGAAGGCACUGCCUUCAGCUGAGUUUAUGAACAAUGAAUGCCAACCUUCAGGUUCUAGAAGAUUAUGGUUGCCCUCCCAAACCUUUAUUCUAUUAUGAUAUUACUAUUAAAAUAUUCUAAUUUUGCUAUUGAGGUAACUUGGUCCUGAAUUUAUGUUGUCAUAUACAUCUGUCAGAGAACAGAUAGCACCUGCACUUUAUUUUAUUUUAUUUUUAUUUUAUUUUUGAGAUGGAGUCUUGCUCUGUCACCCAGGCUGGAGUGCAGUGGCACAAUCUUGGCUCACUGCAACCUCUGCCACCUGGGUUCAAGAGAUUCAGCCUCUGCCUCAGCCUCCAGAGUAGCUGGGAUUAUAGGCCUGCGCCACCACACCUGGCUAAUGUUUGUAUUUUUAGUAGAGACAAGGUUUCACCAUGUUGGCCAGGCUGAUCUCAAACUCCUGACCUCAAGUGAUCCUCCCACCUCGGACUCCCAAAGUGUUGGGAUUACAGGCGCGAGCCACUGCGCUCUGCCAGCACCUGCAUCUUGUAAACGGAGAAAGUGCUUAUGACAUAAACCCCAGGAGCCCAUGGCCAUGAGGAUUAGAGGUAAUGCAACUGUCAACCCAUUAGCCUGGUAUCAGGCAGGUACCAGACACUGCUUAUCCCUUCAGUGUAGUUCUGCUGGGCUCUGAGGAGGCCAGAUCACUGCUCUUGGGUUUAUAUCCAGAAGGGGAGUUGGACGCAAACAGCUAAGUCCAUGGGACAAAACAGAAUAAAUACCAUAAUCAUAAUUGAUCACAUGGUCACAACCAGUACCACUACUCCCCAGAAAAUCUUUCUUCUCAGCUGUCAGCAGGGAAUAUAAUAGUGUCACUUUCAUUUCACUUCUAGAGCAAAGCUUAACUUUCUUGAGUGUGUAACACUCAUAGAGGAUGUUGUUAAAAUGCAAAUUCCCAACACCUUCCACCCAGCCCCAGAGUCUACUUCUGUGGGUCUGAGAGGGACCCAGGAAUGGCACUUUUAAUGGCCCCUCAUGAGAUUGAUGUGGAUGGUUCCCAAACCCUGUGAGGUGGACUGUCAGUGCAGUGGAGCCUGGGGGAUGCCCAUUUGUGCUUAGGCCACUGAGAAAUGUAGAGGCUCAAUAGGCCUUUGGUAUAUUCAAAGGUGAGUGAAGGAUAACAAGGUGAAGUGAUGCCUGUGAAGAGAUGCCUGUGAAUCUGAUUUUUUGGAUGACUGCAACCAAGAGUGAGUGGGCAUGAAAAACAAUCCAAGAGCUCACAUUUAUAUGAGGCUCUUAUCAGUACUGAGACAUUCUCAUUUCACAAGCUUGGAUGUGCAAAAAGAAAAAAAAAUUACUUAUUUCUUUAAAUCAGUUAUUGAUUUCAAACCCCCCAUCCUGCUGUCUGGCUGGAAAUUCAGUUAUCAACCAUGAUUGGUUCUGGCUCCUGGAGCCAUCUGAAAGUCCUUGGAUGCCACUUACCCUUGAAUCAAGGGUGCCAUUGUGGGUCUUUGGUCCCUUUCCCAUUUGAGGCUAUUUAAUGGCCCUGCUUCUCACCUGAGCCUGGAAAUCCUACAAAGCCUAGACCCCAGGGUUAGGCCCACCUCCCUGUGCACACUCGCAGCCAUGCCCUCUCCCAGCCCCAGUCCUAGGAAGCCCACUCCUCUGCACCACUCCCUCUCUUCACCCAAUCCAGCCCCUCACGGGCUGAACAAAAAAGCCAGAAAAGGAAGAGUGUGCAGGAACCUUUUAUAGUCCAUCCUUCUUUGACGCUUCUUGGAAAAAGUACAAAUACAGUGAUAACUAAAUACCAUAUCUCUAUCAAUUAUCCUUUGGCCCAAAGCCCUCUGGGGUGAUCCUCCAUGAUGGAUGUCCCAUUUAAAGGUGAGGAAUCUGAUUCUGAGGAAGCAACCGUUGUGGACAGCUUCACAUAAUAGCUGGCCAGGCCUAGACUCAAACCAGGCUGUCCACCUCUCUCUGGUCCAGCCCAAUCUCCCCAGCUGAGUCAUUCUGAAGAGUCAGCAUGGACUAAAAUGGUGGAGAGGCCCCUCUUUUCCCACUGAUGUUCACUGGCCCAUGGGACAGAAGUGGGGGAAUCUCUUGAGGGCCAAUUAAAGUGGGUAAAGGAGGCAGGAGAACCAGGUAACAGUUCAUGUACUUACCUUCUAUUCAACAACUAUUCAUUAAACAGGGCAAUUUAUCCCUAUAGCACCAUGAGUUAAAGGAGAGUUGUGGAGAAAAGAGGGAAGGGGUUUGAGAAGAAAAGGCCCUGAGAAUCCUGCACACAGGCCUUCAAGGGAACAGCCCCAUCUGGUGACUGCUUAGCAGAUUCUUGCUCAAGAAACAAAGCCAUGUGAUUUUCUUCAACCACUCUCAAAGACGGAGAGAUAGAGUUAAGCUGGAGUCUGAAGCCAGUCAGUAUCAAAUCGAUAUUAAAAUACUAUAUUGUAGCAAAUCCAGGAGAAAUACAUCCUAUCUUUCACAACCACAGGAAUUAAAUACCGGGGAGAAAGGUCCAUCUUCUGUCAGUAGCACCAGAUACCAGACUCAUUAUAACCUUUCAUCAGAGAUUAAAUAUGGAAACAGAUCCUGGGCAAGCCCUUGGCAAAUCAUAAAUGAGAGGGUUUUUCUCCAUGACAUACCCUGGCCAUUCCUCCACUCUCCCAGCCGCAUCACGUCUCCAGCCCUGUUACAACUUGACAGCAAUAAUAAUAACUAAAAUGUGCACAGAUCUUUACAGUUUACCAAGCCAUUAACCCAUUUAGAACACUUCUUUAAUCGGUAAAUCAGUGGGGAAGGGCUUGGCUAUGCUGUAGUAACAGACCUCUCUAAUCUUAGUCACUUGACACAACAAAAGAUAUCUCACUCACAGAACCUGCGGUGAUCUGGGUGACUCUCAGGUCAGUGGCUCAGUAGUGCCCCUCUGCCUGCUCAGGGCCUGGACAUAUGGCCUCAGAGCCCGCCCCCCCACAGCCAGUGUCUCAGUAACCCAGACUGUUUGGAACCUGAGGUACCUCCAUUUCAUAAUAAGCUGCUAUGAUCGAUGGGGCAGGGGAAGAAAGUCCUGGAAGAUCCCGCACUGCUAAGCAAUGCUUUGUCCCAAAGUAACACUCUUCACUCUGCUCCCAGUCUAGCUGCCACAAGAGCAGGACAGAAUAUUCUGUGUGCUCAGAAGAAGGAAAGAGCAGAUAUGGUUGAGCGCUAAAACCCUCUACUGUGGGUAGUGAAUCUAGGUGGACACAGUUGCUCACCAGGACACUUAAACCAGCUUUGCGGGACUGUCGGGGUUGGGAAACACAGUCUGGAAAGAUUUCCCAAUGGAGGAAGCACCAACUGUGGGUCCCCAAAGCUGAGGAGAUGAUGCCCAGGCAAGGCCGAGGCAUCUGCAGAGGGCUGGGGAGGUGGGAAAGACGAUUUGCUCAGAGGAGGCAGAGAUGGGGUGGUGGCUGGGAGAGAUGCAGGGUCAAGAAAAGGAUGGCUUCAGAGGGAAGAGAUUUGCUGGGGCAGGGGGCCACAGGAUGGGGAGGUUGCAGAGUCCAACAGGACAGCUGACGGAGCGAGACUCUGUGGGCGAGGAGGAGAUGGGGUGACUCUCAUUGCAGAAUCGCACCCGAGUUCCCACCAGCCCUGUGGGGCCGCUAUGACUAGUCCCAUCCUGCACAUGAAGAAAACAAGGCCCCUUCCAGUUGUCCCUCACGCCUCCCUUCAUUUGUGUAGAGUACCUGAUGUGUAUAAGGACAAGAGGUGACAAACACAUGGCCCCUACCCUUCAAGGACAUACAAUCCAGAGCUAGGACAAGACCUUAACACAGGGCAAAGUACCAGUGCUCUGAGUUCAUCUGAUGAGCGAUGGGAGAAGGGGCUUGAUACUAGCCAUGUGGGAGAGACUGGGUUUCAGUCAAGCGUGCUGGGAAAGACUUUCUGGGCAAAAGGAACAAGCAAAGGUGUGCAAAGGUAAGGAAGCAGGAAAACCUGUGCACAUCCUGAGAACUUGCCGGCCAGAGGCCUGUGAAGGAGCACAGCGGUCAGGCAGGAGAGGCAGUCGGAUCCAGGCUGAGACCAUCCUGGAGGGUCUUGAGGCUGGCUUACCCCAGGCUGUGAGAAGUGGGCUCAGCCUAGUCCUGGCUCCUGGAUUAGUGCUCACCUGCCCCUCUGCCCACUCAGGGCCUGAAGGAACGGCCUCAGAGGCCCCACCAACCAGGCUCAGGAAGGCAUUCCUAGCUCAGAGUACCCUCCUGGAGUCUCCUGAGCCUAGAGAAGGGGCUCCUGAGUGCGUCGCGCCACACCCCGAGGAGCAGAGGCGCAGUCCUUCCGCGUGCUCCCAGCACACUCCACCCCUGCCCAGCAUACCCAUGGGGCCCCCACCUUGCCCACCUGGGGAGAACGACCCACUCUGCCCCCGCUCAGGGAGAGUUGGUGGCCACUGCUCUAUCCCCCCCUCCCUCCCUUCCUCUUCUACCUUCUCUCUCUUCUCAUCUGGGCGCUGGAACCCAAGCGUGAAAGUGAGAGUCAGAAAGUCGUCUCAAGGCAGAGCGGGGCAGCUAAUUUAAAAUGGCUUCUACUCCAGCCCCCAGUGUGACUAAUCUCCUUCUCUUCGCUCUACAGGUCUAUAAAUGGGCCACACAGCAGGCACCCCUUUUUAAAUCUGUCAAAUCCCCAAAUCCAUUAAAAGUGACUUCAGAGGUCCCAGAUAGGGACCAAUAUUUGUUUAAACCUUUGUCCUCAUUACAUUUCAUGACCGCCAGCUUACAAAAGAGAGACUGGGGGGUCUGGAUGAGACACACGCUUUCCCUUGAGUCCACACUGGAAAGGACAGAGGCAGGUGUCACACCGUUCCUCUUUGACCCGAGCCGCUUGAAUCCCAGAGUUUCAACAGCUCAGGUGGGUUGAAGGCUCACAAUGUACCAGACAUCCGAAGCGCUUUACAUACAUUUGCUCCUUGAAUCUUCACGACAGCCCUGUGAGAUGCAAUUAUC